CCCACAAACAAACCAAGGCAAAAAGCCUCAACCAGAUAAUGUGAGAGAUAAACCCCCUUCUUCUCCCACUCUCUCCUCAAUCCCAGAACUCAAUCCACUUCCUACAAAGAGAUGGCUUCAGUCUCAUCCCUGCAGCUUUCAGCUCCCAUUCUCCUCCACAACCCCACAAAACCCCUCACACUCCCACCAAAGCUCCAUCACCAAACCCACUUCCAAAACCUUCCAAAGCUCACUCUUUUACCUCUCAUUCUCACCCACAAACGCUCCCAAACUCUGCUCUUGGCUGUUGCCGAGGAAACCCAGGUGGCUUCGGUUGACCCAUCCUCGCCGGCUGCGAGGAGAUUGUAUAUAGGUAACAUUCCGAGGACCGUGGACAACGCCGAGCUCACCCGGAUUGUCGAGGAGCACGGUGCUGUGGAGAAAGCUGAGGUGAUGUAUGAUAAGUACUCUGGAAGGAGCCGCCGAUUUGCAUUUGUUAUGAUGAAGACAGUUGAGGAUGCAAAUGCAGUAAUUGAGAAACUGAAUGGAACUGAAAUUGGAGGACGUGAGAUUAAAGUAAACGUAACAGAAAAGCCUUUGAUGACAGGAGAUUUGUCACUUCUCCAGGCAGAGGAAUCACAAUUUGUUGACAGCCCCCACAAGGUUUAUGUAGGAAAUCUUGCAAAGACAGUAACGGCAGAUACACUCAAAAACUUUUUCUCUGAGAAGGGACAGGUUCUUAGUGCAAAGGUUUCACGGGUUCCGGGGACCUCAAAAUCCAGUGGGUUUGGCUUUGUUACCUUUUCUUCAGAGGAGGAUGUAGAAACUGCAAUCUCAUCUUUGAACAACACUUUGUUAGAAGGGCAAUCAAUUCGUGUAAACAAGGCAUAAAAUAGGGGGACACACCAUGGUGUUUGGAGCAUGUCCAUUUUGUAUCCUUUGUAUGAAAAUUAGGAUGGUUUUUGUUCACUUGAAAUGAAUUUUAGGAAUUAGUACUUUGUCUCUUUCAUAGUUCUGAUUGUUUUUCUGGUAGAAUUCUGCACUUGUUUCUCAGCAGACGCCCACUGGUGCAUCUGCUAGUAAAAAGUAUAUAGUACGGGGUAAUAUGCCAAGCCUGGCAAA